CACAAACUACAAAGAGCAGCAAAGCACUGCAACCUGCUUAUUUUCAUGUUUCCUAUUUCAUACUUCUAUAAUGCUAUGAACUGCAAUGACCUAGACAUAUCUACUACUAUUUAUUUAUUUAUUUAUUUUACUAGUGUUGUUUUUACUCAUGAAAUGCAAAGCUGAAAUGUAGAAUUGUGCAUAAUUGUAAAUAUAAAUCUGCCAAAGUCAAUCAUGGAAUCAUAUUCAUAUUCAUAAUCAUAUUUUUUUCAGGCUUGACAUGCAAAACAUCCAAGCUUGCAACAAAACUAUAUGAACUCUUUCUCAGGUCUAGUGCACAUAUCAGUGGAUGCCUUGGCACCCUCACUUUCUCAGAACAACCUAUUUUUACAACUUGACUGCGCUUGGGCAGAAUGCUUGCUACUGAACCUGUACUUGCAGUUGAAUUUCAUGAGCACUCCUGGUGCAACAGCAUCAUAUUUUAUUCAUAAUCAACUCUAGAUCACAACACAACAAGGGAGACAAUUACCAGUGUGUGAAAAUCUGUUUUGUGACACUGGUUUAAUAGUCAUCAUUUGCAGUAAACUCUAACCAGAGUACUGAUUUACACAUCUGUCUGAUUUCCCUCUCUGCUGAUCUCUAACCAGCCAAUCAAAAUGGCUGUUCUGCAGCUUAAAGUGGGUUCAUACUGCCACACACUCACUCAUUCGUAUGAUCCAAGGACACCAGAGUCCUUGCGUCAUGCAGCAUAUCAAGCACACGCAUCAGCAUUUGGAUAUUCUGGGCAAGUGUAUUGCGUAUUAUUUCACAGCUAGCUUUCCAUGGUGUGCUUUAACUUUGAUACACUAAACAUUAGUGUAGGAAGUGUAACGAUUAUAAUAUAAUCCCACUAUCGGGUGUCACCUAGGCAAUGAUGGGUUCCCUUUUGAAUCUGGUUCCUCUCAAGGUUUCUUCCUCAUGUCCUCUCAGGGAGUUUUUCCUUGCCACUGCCUCCUCUGGCUUGCUCAUUAGGUAUCUAAAUCCACCUAUGGAUUUCUUUAAAGAUAUCAGUGUUUGCUUUAAGACAAGCCCAUCAUACACAACCUAGUUUUUGACCAAGAUAUUUUCUAUUAACACAAAUAUAUAUGUUUGUGUAUCUGACAGAGAAUUUUACUCAGGAGAGAGCAGAAUUAAAAAAAAAAAAAAUCUUUAGUAAAAGUAAAUAUCAUGUUCCUGAGUGGUGCAACUGAAAGGCAUUCGCCCUAUCAACAGGAGAUCACGAGUUUGAAUCCCAACAAUGGAACAGCCAAAAUUGGCCUUGGUCUUUAGGAUGGCAUGGGAGGGAUGGCAUACUGUCAAUCACAUCAACACCAGCCAAUUGUGCACAUCUUUCAGCUCAAGUAUGCGGAAGGGGGUAGAUAGCGAUUUUAUCUGUGUGUGUUUACGCUGCCCCGUGAUGCAGCAUGAGUAUCAGUUCGGAAAAAUGCUGUUGGCUGGCUUCACGUGUUGUGGAGGAAGCAUGUGUUGGCCUUCACUCUCCCCGGUUGGUCGCUGUUGCACGAUAGCGGAGAAGUGGCUAGUGGGUGGGAAUUGGCAGAUGAACACAUUGGAGAGAAAAAUUGGGAAACAUCAUCUCAUGAACAGGUGCUGCUGGUGUGUUGGUUGGACAUCCUUUUGAUACUGUUAAGGUGGGUUCAACUUUUUUUUUAGGUUGCUCUAACCCAAUUAUAAUCUAAUAUUUAUGCCUGAUAUUGAUUAUCUGUUAUUCUGUCACAGCAGAAUAUUCUAGUGGUGUGAACAAAGCUCCAGAAUGAGCCUAUAAUAAGAACACGAUAUGUUCAUAACCAUGAAAUGAAACUAGAACAACAUUCUUCUUGUGUGUUUACUUUAAAAAAAAAAAAACAACUAUCCAUCACACAGGUUGGCUUGAGGUUCUGGUUGUGGGUUACCGUGUCACAUGUGAGCAUGCACUUGUGACAUGCACUAGCUGAGCUCUUUUCAUGUUUUGGCUCUGCAGUGUUUUGGUCUAGCAGUUAUGUACUGUUUGUUCCAACCACAGAUUAGAUUUCCCGUUCAUUUCUCGUUGUUUUGAAUGCCCCUCUGAAGUAUGACCUUUUUCACAGAACCUUGAAUGCACGCACACAUGUGAAAGACUCCCAGCUCUGGCUCGGAGCGUAACUGUACACUGGCUUGUGUGUGUCCUUUUUAAGGCACGAUUAACGUUAUUACAAUCUUGAUCUUGGAAUAUUAAGAAUGAUCUUUUCUUAAUCAUGUUAAUCAAACAAAAUACUACUAAAUCAAUUUAGACAGUAGAUUUCUGUAGAAAAAAAGGGUAGGAUAUUGACAAGAACUCGGUUAUACUGCUCCUUUCAUCUGUCCUGUCAUUCCAUGUAUGCAUAUGCUGGGGAAAUAUCAUAAUAUCUGGGGAUAAAAUCAUUAACAUUCAUUUAAAACAGUAUUUGUCAAGAUGUUAGGUCAGUAUUAUGGAUUUGAAAGAUAAUGAUAAUAACUUUAUAAUGAAAUUUAAUUGUUCUAGAUUCUAACCGCCACAGAGAGUGGGUUCAGAGCUUUGAGAUACAAUGUGUUUCACAGCCGCUGUCCUGCUUUUUUCCUGUGUUCAUUGUAAACCCUGCUACAGGGGCUGUCUUUCACGGCAUAAGUGUUACUUUGUUGUAGAUGAGGGUGAGGGAUUUACAACCCCUGCACGGAUGGGUAACCUAGUAAGUACAGUCAAGGUGAGACUUCAGGUACAAAAUGUGGACAAGCCCCUGUAUCGCGGAACAUACCAUUGCUUCCAGUCUAUUGUUCAUCAAGAAUCCAUAUUUGGGCUCUACAAAGGUAUUGGGUCCCCAAUGAUGGGCCUGACUUUCAUCAACGCCAUUGUAUUUGGUGUGCAGGGCAAUGCAAUGCGCAUGCUGGGCAAAGAUACCCCUCUUAACCAGUUUCUGGCAGGCGCUGCAGCCGGUGCUAUCCAAUGCGUCAUUUGUUGCCCAAUGGAACUAGCCAAGACUCGCAUGCAGAUGCAGGGCACAGGCGAGAAGAAGUCUUCCAAGAAGACAUACAAGAACUCGUUGGACUGCUUAGUUCGCAUCUACAAGAAAGAAGGCAUUAGGGGAAUCAACCGUGGCAUGCUGACCACCAUUAUCCGUGAGACACCAGGAUUUGGAGUGUAUUUCCUGUCCUAUGAUGUCCUGACGCGUUCGCUGGGAUGUGAAGCAGACGACCUCUACAUCAUUCCCAAGCUGCUCUUUGCAGGGGGCAUGUCUGGGAUUGCUUCCUGGUUAUCCACCUAUCCAGUGGAUGUUAUUAAGUCCCGCCUCCAGGCAGAUGGCGUAGGUGGUGUUAAUAAAUACAGUGGAAUUAUGGACUGUGUCCGUCAGAGCUGGCAGAGGGAGGGCUGGAGGGUUUUUACUCGAGGUCUAACCUCUACUCUUCUCAGGGCUUUCCCUGUCAAUGCUACCACGUUUGCCACAGUGACUCUGUUCCUCAUGUAUAUGCGAAAUGAUGGAGGUGUGAAAGACUGUGAGCCUGAGCAUCAGCCUGUACAGCAAACACAGCUCCAAACUACAAGCCUCUGAUUGGAUGCUCCAAUCUCCUAUUUGGGCUCUUCACCCAGAAUAAUUAUUAUACAGUGCCUGUAUAAUAAUUUCAAAGAGAUUUCCCUCUUGAUGUAUCCUGUUGGGAAUUCUAGUUCCCUUAUUAUCAGUUAUACUAGAAACAGUAUCAGCAAAACUGUACCAGCUUUCAAAGUUUCAUUUACAAGGAGUAUCACUUUGUGUGGGAAUUUUUUUAUCAAGUUGACCCAAGGUUCUGAAAGAAACUCAAAGAAUGUUUUGCUAAGUUUAUCUCUACAGUGAGAUAGGGUUAAUGCUGCUACGAUUUUUUUUUUUUUUUACUAAAUGUCCUCAGGAUGUAUGUUAUAGUCCAGGAAUUUGGAUUGAAUCAAGUUGGUAUGGGGAAAUUUGUGAACAAGCAAAAUCGUUAAUGCUAUCCUGUAUUAAAGCAACUGAAGGUCAAGGGGAGGGGGGCAAGUCCAUUUCAUGGAAAGACAGAAGGAUAAGGGUCCAAAAAAGGAUUACUCCGUAAUUAGUAUGUCCUUUGGCAGGAAUGACAAAAAGAUCUUUUUUUUAAAAAAAAUUGCUGAAUUGGUUAUUUAUACACUGUAUGGCCAAAAGUAUGUGUACACCUGACCAUCACACCUACCUGUGCUUGUUGUACAUCCCAUUCUAAAACCAUGGGCAUUAAUAUGGAGUUGGUCCCCCCCCUUUGCAGCUAUAACAGACUCCACUCUUCUGGGAAGGCUUUCCACUAGAUUUUGGAGCAUGACUGGGGGGAUUUGUAUUCAUUUAGCCACAAGAGCAUUAGUGAGGUCAGGCAUUGAUGUUGGGAGAGGAGUGCACUCAGUCUUCCAGUUCAUCCCAAAGCUGUUCAUUGGGGUUGAAAUCAGGGCUCUGUGCAGCCCACUGGAGUUCUUCCACUCCAACCUCCGCAAACUAUGGCCCCAUUCACACCUGGCAUUAACGUGCGUCCUGGUGAGCAGAUCACAAGUGGACAGCCGAGACACAUAGCCGUUCACAUCUGGCAUUAUGAAUGCGUCUCCAGUGACCACUUGUGAUCGGAUUUCAUACAUCACUUACGCUGGAGAGAAGCUGUCAUGCACAUUUAUUAUGUCAGUCUUCAUCUGCGUUUAUUUUCAAGCAGAAAUGUCCCACAAAUUACAUUUACAGGUACCUUUACAAGUCGUUAUUAUUACGUGGUCUGCAAAUGAAUCUUAUAAAUGAUUAAGAGAUAAGAAAUGAAACUAUGAAAAACAGUUGCUUUCAUCUUUGUUGUUAUAGUGUGACCUUUAUCCAUUAGCCUGGCGGUGGAGAGCUCUAAUGUUCAGCACCAUUUCCAAAGAGUCUUACAAUGAUUACAUAUUUUCCAACUAGGGCAAAGAUGCAGUUGAUUAGGCGGCCAUUUGUUGCUCUCUGGGACGCCUCGAGACGCAUUCGCAUUCACACUACAAAUGUGAUGUGGCCAUAUGCAUCCCACACCACCUCUGAAUGUGAUCAGAGUUUGAAUGUUUGGAUCACAAUGUGCCUUCGAGACGCGUUUGACCCAGUUCACACCUGCACUUAGUUCUGACCACUUACGAUCAUUUCAUAAUGCCAGGUCUUUAUGGACCUUCGCUUUGUGCACAAGGGCACUGUAAUGCUAGAACAAGUUUGGCCUAAGCCCUUUAGUUAGAGUAAAGUGAACACAGUUUAAACAAUUGUGUGCUUCCAAUAUUGAGAAAGGCCCACAUUAGGGUGUGAUAUCCAGGUGUUCACAUACUUUUGACCCUGUAGUACAUCUGCAAUGGAGUAAUUCUGUCUAUGUAGGAAAAGGUGCUGCUGAGCUUCUAAACAACUACAUUUACUGACAUUUGUUUUCAGCGUUGCUGUAGGUAGUGUAUAGCUUUGAUUUCUUGUCUAUUUUUUUUUUCUUCCAUUGCUAUUGGCAUUCCAAAGAAAGGAUGGAUUCUGAUCUGACUCUAUGCCUCAAUGCCUUUAAUAUAGCAUAUUCACUUUCAGCUGCAGCUUAGACUGUGAACUGGUUCACCUCUCGUUUGCUGAAAAAUCAUAUUUUUUUGUAAACAGUUAAAUCGAGUUAUGUCAAGAGCAAAGCAUAAAUAUUCAUACAGUAUUUCUGUACAGUACAAACUGUAUAUUUGCAGUGAGAAGAAAUAAAUAAAGGAAUACAUUAAUAGUAAUGUAUAUCUGUAAAGUAAAUCACAUCAGAUGGAUUGUUGGCUGAAUUUAUAUGGCCAUAAAAACUCCCAUCUCUCCAUAGCACUGUUAGUGUUACAGAAAGAUCUGGUUAAGGGGAACACAUCUCUAUAUCAUUACACAGUACAAGAGAUGAUGUUUGAAAUGCACCUUAAUUAUAUCAAUUAUUCCCUUAACUUUUAUUACUUUGUUACCCGCUUAGAAUACUGUUUAUCAGCUUCUUAAUUGCUGGUGCAUUAUUUUAGUACUGUAGUAUUAUUUUAAAUAGUAUGUCUGGUUUCAAUAACCUUAGAGAAUCUCUGCAGUGAUUUACCUACAGGCAUGUGUUUAGUGGUUUUUGUUGUGCAUCCGAAAGACAAAAAAAUAUUUUAACAUUUUUAAAACAAAGGUCUCGCAUUCAUGUGUAUAAUUAAUCACAAGAUCAUUUUUUGAUCAUGCAGUUCUGUCUGUUUUUACAUUGUCUUUUCUCACAUGGAAAAUGAAAUUGUGAAAACUUUCUACUUUCAUGAUUGUACAAAAUAGUAUUUAUUGAUGAAUUAAAGAGUAAUGGAAUUAC